CUUAACCUUGUACGAAGUCAAAUUUAAGGUUAUUGUUGUUGUUUACGGUGUGAGUUGAUGGAAUUUAUUGAAUUCAAGCCAUUAUACGGUACAGAGACACGCACAAAGGCUGUGGAAUGCAUUUUAGAACCACUGAUUGCAAAGGUGAAGAGUUUUGCACGGAACAGACACAUCACUGGAGCAUACCAGCCCAAGUCCAAACCACAAGACGAGAUUUUAUCGAAGAUCAAAGAAGUUUUAAAAUCUAUAGGCGAUAACUUUAGCGUUACUGAGAGUGUUCCAUCGCUGGUAUCGGACUUUCUAACUGCUAAGACAGACGUUCUUGAUACAGGAGAGUACUUUUAUUCCACAGUCUCCAAAUUCCUUUCCGACCCAGUGAACACGUCGUAUCAAGGUGACGUGUGUCGAGCCAUCAAUACCCUUCUUGCUGCUCUGAGUAGACUACUUAUCUUGGCCGAUAUAGCUGAUGCUCUGAUUCUCAACCAACAUUUUGAGGUUGUGCUUAGCGGAAUAACAGAAUUUCAAACGGUUGCAUCUCACCGAGAGCUUAACCGCUUGUGGAAUAACUUCCACCCUCGUGUAUUACAACUUAUCAAUUUGUCAAGUAAACGUGCAGCUGAUUUAAUUGAUCCUGAAGACCGGAGAAGAAUUGAAUCUUCCAACUACAUAUUAAAAAACAAUACUCCAUUAUUACAUACAUCUUGUAAAGUGUGUUUACGAUAUCCUGACCUCCCAAUCGCACGUGACUCAAGAAGUUUUGUUUCGAAUUCCUUAUCGGAUUCGGUAGAGAUAAUUCAAUCAGUUUUCAAUGGAGUUCACAAAUCUAAUGGUAUUCGAUUACCAACUUCUGGCAAACUUCUAGAAGCUCUAAAUGGGUUCGAAAAUAGCAUAUUUACUAAUCCAACAGAGAAAUCUACUGCUAAUGUUGGUGAAUUUCUUCAGUCUUCUUUAAGAAAACUUAUACCACUAGUUUAUAAAUUGGUUGAUUCAUCUAAAAUCAGUUCAAAACGCCGUUCCACUGUCGAUGAACUUUGUAAUCAGCUUAAAAAUGUUACAUCUGAAUUAGUAUUAGCGUAUUCUAAGGAACCAGUCAAUAGUAGACAUGUGGAUGACAUUAUACAAAAGUUGUUAAAAACAACAAGUUCAUUAAAACAAUUACUUAUACGUUGUGCUAUUGAUUAUACUUCAAAUGCUUUCAUGGCUAAAGAGGAAUGUUUAAUGGCGUUAAGUGAUGCAACUAAAUUUGGGUCUGAACAACGAAUAGAUGCUGCAUCUCAACUAUUUCAGAAACGUUCUGUAUCUAUGAUAUCAUCAGCUUAUCAACUCUGUUCAUUAAGUAUGGAUGAAGAAUCGUCUAGUAAAAUUCAGUUAGCCUGUGAACAAAUGGAACAACUUGUACCACAAGUUAUUAAUAUGGCUUAUUUACUAUUCAAAUAUCCUUCAUCUAAGUCUGUUGAAUCAAAUUAUGAAGCAUUUCGUAAGGCAUAUGAAGAAGCUGUGAAUUUAUUGUACACUUGUGUCAAUGAUUUAACUGGUAUGCAUGAUUUUCUAGCUGUCUCUGAUGAUCUAAUGAUGAUGGAAUAUCAAAAGUCAAUUCGUGCCUUAUCAGAUAAAGAUGAGUUGAACGUCCAACAGACAUCAACUUCAAUGCAACAACGUUCAGCGUAUAUUUGUGAGAUGGUGUUGAAUAAAAUGAUUGCACGAACUGAAAAUACAGAAUAUGUAGAUCAAGUAAUGGAAAAAGUUACACUUAUACGUGAUCAAUAUACACCAGAUUUUGUGAAUACAGCUCGUAAUACACUAAGUCGUUUAGCUGCUGGUCAGUCAAUUGAUGAAAAAGCCUAUCGGAAAUCAGGUCAUGCACUGUGCAAUGGUGUUCAUAAUCUUCGAUUAACUGUUCUCAAUGAAUGUGAACUACCGUUUAAUCAUGAUUUGGAAUCAUUAGAUUUACAAGAUAACUAUCAUCUUGGUCCUAGUGUUCCUGCCCCGCCCCUGCCACCACCACCACCACCACCUCCUGCCCAACAUCAUCAUCUUCCUCAAUAUCGUAGUAACAAUAAUAAUAAUAACAACAACGGUGUAUCUACAAUUGGGAACAGACAGUUGAAAGAUGCUGACAAGAUGAAUUCAAUACUGAAUUCUAAUCACAAUCUUAACCCUGAGUCUAAUCCUAUGUAUAAACCUCAUUCGUUAAACUUCUUCCCCGAAGAUAUACAAACUGCACAAGAAAAUCAAUUAUCUGAACGCAAUGAAGUAUUUUCUGUGCUGACUAGUCCACAACGUGAAACAAUGGCAGAAGAGUUGGCUGGAUUUCUUGCUGAAAAAAAGUUAUUUAUGCGUGAAAUAGUGAAAUGGGAUGAUUCAACUAAUGAUAUUAUAAUAUUGGCCAAGAAAAUGUGUAUCAUUAUGAUGGAGAUGACAGAUUUUAUACGUGGUAAAGGUCCUUUACGAUCGACUCUUGAUGUUAUUCAGGCAGCUCAAGAAAUUUCAGAGCAUGGUAAACGUUUAGAUCGUCUUUGUCGUCAUAUUGCUGAGAUGUGUCCUGAUUCAGCUAGUCGACGAGAUCUAUCAGCCUAUCUACAACGUGUUACAUUUUACUGUCAUCAGUUGAGUAUUACAAGUCGAGUGAAAGCUGGUGUACAUUUGCUUAGUGAUGAAGUUUUUGAAAGUGCAACUUCACUAAUUCAAGCUGCUAAAAAUCUUAUGACAUCAGUUGUAUUAACAGUAAAAGAAAGUUAUAUUGCAUCAACUAAAUAUCGUGGACCAAAUCAACGUUCUGUUGUCCAAUGGCAAAUGCGUACACCAGAAAAGAAAUCUCUUAUUUCAGAUUAUUAUAAAGACUCAUCUGAUAGAGAUGAUCUAUUCGAUGAUAUAAAUUCACGUCAUCCAGAUGCAUUAAAUGAAUUAUCUCAAUUCAAACAUCCACCAAAUGCAUAGUUAUACUUUUACUCUUUUUAUAAAAUUGUUUUAUAUUACUUACAAGUAGCUGAAAUGAUCUCAAACUAAUUUUUCUCACUACUUCCCGAUAUACUAUACUAUUGUACACUUGAAAUAUUUUGUACAUAUCAAAAAUGCUUAGUGAUUUAUUUUCUGUCUUGAAGAUGGAUGAUUUUCUAUAUUCAGCCAUGUUGUUUUUAAUAAAAAUAAUGAGUAACAUUCAGGUUUUCACUAGUCUUUACAUAUCUUGCACACCAAACAGUUUUAAAAUUAUGUUGUAUUUUUUUGAUAUGUUUUGUUUUCAAUGCCUUCUUGACCGAACAACACUUUUAUUUUGUUAGUCUGAACUAAAUUCCCUGACUUCCUGAAGUGAUUUCAUUGUUUCUUUUUAUUGGCAUUUCAAAAGUGUUUUAAUGCGUUGUUUAUUUUUCAAAUUUUUUGUCCGCCAUUUUCAAAUUCGCAUUUUUAGAAAGUUAUUAUUACUAUGUACUUUUUGCACAAUACGAUUACACUGUUCAUUCUAGUUUGUGCUUUCUGUAAAUAAUCCGUAUAAUAUUAGCUUUCUUUCAAUUGAUUUUUUACUCCUUUAUUUUGCCUUGGAUAUAUAAUUUCUAACUACACUUGGUAUUAUUAUCAGUUUAUAUUUUUUGUAUGAUUUGCUAGUUUUGUUUUUAUGGUAUUUAAACAAUAAUGAUAAAUAGUUUUUAU